AUGACUACACAUCGUACUUUCUACCUGGUGCCAGCUGAUGUAGUGGCAAAACCGACUAUAGCCGUACCUCGGCCACUAGCGCCAUCGCCAAGAAUUUCACCGCCAGCGUCAAAACUCCACAAACCGGCGGUCGCGCCGCUAAAGCGUCCGCCACUUUGUGCUGAUCCUAUUGAAGUACUUUUGGGUGAUACACCACAUCCUCAUCAACGAAAGCGAGAAUGUUUGGAUCAUCUAACACACGAACAAAAGAUGAACCGCCGGAAAAUGAAGAACAGAAUCGCUGCACAGACCGCUAGGGACAGAAAAAAGUACCGAAGCCAACGCUUGGAAGACAUUAUUCGUGAACUUUUGGAACAAAAUGAGACACUAAAACAAGAGAAUGAACUGUUACGGAUUGAGAAUCGGGAACUCAGCGAACAGAACAGCAGCCUGUUGAGUCGACUAAGCGAACCUGAAGAUGUUCCUUGUCAAGUGAAUCCAUCGCAAUCAACCGUCGUAUAUGAAGAGGUGCAUGAGAUGAUUACAGAGAAAAGUUGUCCCACUUUAUCUCCUGUUUCAUCUUAUGAUCAACCUCCUAUUGGUGGUGUGCUCCAGUCAGACGAGAUCGAACGAAUCCUCUCAGACUUCAAAGAAGAGCACCUCGAAUUCGAUCUCGACCUCCUUGUCGAGCAGCUGCCAGAGGAAGAACGCAAUCUUCAGUACGACAUGCAGCCAGGCAAUAGCGUCGGAUCGCUGUGCCAGCAACCAGCUUGCUCUUCUUCCGGAAGUGCAUCGCCAGUGGAUGCGAGUUUCUUGAGCGUUCCAAGUCCGUCGUUCUCCACUUGUUUUCCUAGUCCGUCGAACUAUUCACAUUCCAUGGAUGAAUUGAUACUUUUCGAAGAUCAAAAGCUAUUGGACGAUCCAAUGCUAUCAUCGCCAUCAAGCUGGCAAGUUGACCACCCAAACGCUAUGAGUCCAUUCUCGGACUCGUUCCAAAAAGAGUUCUUCCAUAUGUUGGAGUAG